AUGCGAUUCAAGAAGCGCAGUUCGGCUGAUGUAUCGACCUUGGGUGGUCCGCCGGGCCCCGGCGGCCGUGGGCAGCUGCCUAUGCUUCAAUUGCCAGACAAGCUACGAUACAAUUUGCUAUGUGUGAUGGGCGAGUUUGUCGGGACUUUCCUGUUCCUCUUCUUCUCUUUUGCGGGUACUCAGGUGUCGAAUACGCCGAUGCCGCCGCCAGGCUCGUACCCAAAUACAUCUAAUCUCUUGUACUCGGCGCUGUCCUUCGGUUUUGCAUUGACGGUCAAUGUCUGGGCUUUCUUCCGCGUGACUGGCGGUCUCUUCAAUCCAGCGGUCACGCUGGCCCUCUGUCUAACUGGUGGCAUGCCUCCCCUGCGAGGACUGUUCGUGUUUCCCGCUCAACUGGUUGCUGGUAUCGCCUCGGCCGGCGUAGUUAGCGCUCUGUUCCCAGGUCCACUCAAUUGCGCAACCCGAUUGGGAGGAGGGGCAUCAAUUGUACAGGGACUGUUCAUUGAAAUGUUCUUGACUGCACAGUUGGUGAUCGUCAUCAUCAUGCUGGCGGUGGUAAAGCACAAGUCUACAUACCUGGCGCCGGUGGGCAUUGGGCUGGCAUUCUUCGUGGCGGAAUUGAUCGGUGAUUACUAUACCGGUGGUUCUCUCAAUCCUGCUCGCUCUCUAGGGCCCGAUGUGAUCAAUCGCAACUUCCCCGGAUAUCACUGGAUAUAUUGGGUUGGUCCACUCCUUGGGUCUUUGCUCGCGUCUGGCUUCUAUCAUAUCCUCUGCUUCGUCCGCUGGGAGAAAAUCAACCCUGGGCAGGAUUAUAACGAAUGGGAAGCGAACAAUGGAAGAAAGGAGUCCAUGGCUUCCGAGCACACUAUGACAGGAAGCUUCGAUCAGCCACGGAGAGAGGGGCCGCCCGGGGACGAGGUUUAG